UUGGAAAUACGUGUACUCUUUAAAUAUGGAAGAUGAUUCAUUUCAAAAAGAACAUGAUUUGUUAGAAGUUGCAGUCAAUUUUCAACGGUUAGUCGCCCAUCCUUGUAACCGAAAUGUUGCUCUUUAUGUAUGGAAAAUGGUGUUUUUUACCAGAGAUGGUUUUCAAAGUUCUCUCUAUCCACUUAAAUUUCCCAAAGCCUUUAAGGUGAUAAAGACUCAACUAACUGCGGCAGAAUUUGUGGAGGACCAUGUGGUAAUGCUAAUAAGUGAAAAUAUUUACAUUUACUAUCCAAACAAUAAAUCAUGGACUCCUGCAAAAGGUAUAAAUGUGAGAAUAGAUGGGAUUUCAACCAAUCAGUGCUGUAUCAAAAAGGAAUCCUUUUGUAAGACUAUAAGCUCUUUAGUUAUUGCAUAUCACAAAAGUGUCAACAUAUCUGAAGUUUCAAUAUUCUUAUCUACCAAUGGUGGUUUGGAUUUUGAAGAAAUAAGGCCUGAAAUGCCAUCUGAGGGAAUUUUUCAAGGAGCAUUUAUCUUCCCAACAAUAUCAGCAUUAUCAUUAUUAAUAAGGGAUAAUCAAAAGGCCGUACUGUGUAUCCAUUUUAUUAUCAUUCAAUCACUGGUCAAGAGAAGUCUUUCCUAGCUGAGAACAGUGUUAUUCUCCAAGUUAUUGUCAGUAAUAAAGAGGAAAUUGCUGUGUUGACCAGUGAUGGAACUUUUUUUUUUGGAAGUAUCAAC